AUGGGGGAUCAAAUGGGGAAAGUUACAGACAUUCCCACGGCCUAUAACAGCCCAGUGGAUGUACGAGUGCCGCAGAGGAAGAACAGAAACAAGAGCAGCAGCAGCUUUCGUCUAGGAUCAACUUUCACCGCUCUUAAAAGGUCUAGUUCUAAUCCUGGAGCCCGGUCUAUCCGACAGGUGCUGCCUCGCGUCGCAACGAAACGGCCAAGCCACGAUUCAGAGCUGGUCGUCCGGAAAAGGCCAUUUCAGAGGCAUCACAGUGAAACCAUAACUCCUCACGAAACGCCUUCGCGCCCAUAUGCUGGUGAUGAUUUCCAAGAUUCCCCUGGUAGUGACGACUUGGCGAGCAAUAGUGUACUUGAGGGCCCAUCGUCAAGUCCGUUGACGUCUUAUGGCCCAGCAUCCGUCGGUAUUGAUACGGACCCAGCCCAGAUUGUCAACCUCGCACUUAGUCUAAGUGAAUCCCGCCGACGAACAUUGCCGGGCAGAGCAGGAUCUAGUUUGAUUUCCCAGGAUAGGCGGCUUUCUCAUGCGAUUCCUGCACGGAGCCCCAUUUCUGAUGAUAUGAUUCCUUCUAUGAGGAACGACGAUUGGCAGUCAAAAAUUAAUACACAGGGUGGAUCUCUACGCAUGUCCCGUAACUCUCAGCAACUACUAGCGUCGCCGAUUCCAUUCCUUGCCCAGGGAAGUCAGGGACUGGAAACUCAUGCCUUUUCUGCCGGGACGAUUGCAAGAGCUGAAAAGGCAAAGAGGCACUUUGAAUUAGUUUCUGAAUAUCUACGUCUACUGCCGCAUCUUCCUCCUAUUUCUCCGACACCUACAAAGUUGAACGACCUACCUGGCACUCCUGAGUCAUCAUCCGCUCAUGGAAGAGUGUAUAACCCUCUUCAAUACAUUCGCAAUCGAAAAGUACGAUUUCGUGAAAGAAAGCCCAUAAAUGCGGAAGAAGAAGGCUGGGGAGACGUUGCUGGUGUUCGGACUUGGGUUGAUCAUAUAAUUCAAUCUCUCGAUAACAAAGAGUACGCAGCCGAAGAGUGUUUUCGGCUUCCGCCCCUCAAAUCUCCAACUGGUGGUAAUGAGACAUCUCAGGAGCUUGAAAACCUCCUUUCAAGCCCCAGCCGCACCAAUACCAGUGAUGCCAACAAGCCCCGUCGUCCCCGAUUAGAUUGGGCCAUGACUCCUGCCGACCUCUUAGCCGAUGCGGCAUGGGUUGAAGCUGACUCAAACAAACUUAAACUUGAAAAUACAGACGGCCAUAAAAUAUUUCCUGGAACUACGAAGCUCAGACCUGUGAAAUUGGCAACGCCAAACCCCUCUCUGGAAUUGACUUCAAUUAGCCAGUUCUACAACCCACUUUAUUCCACAGGAGAACUACCCAACUUUAAAUCUAUCGGCUCGAGGAGUGCAUAUAAUCCUAAUCGCGGUAGGCGAAUCAAUAAAUUUGUAAAGUCCACGCACCUGAUGCCCAGCCAUGGCCGCUCUGUAAGCGGAAGUACAUCCGGGUGGCGGAGAGCAUUGAGCCGGUCCAGAAGCCCUUCCUCAUCUCGAAGCAGUGGUGAUGAUAAAUCACCAUCAAAAGGAUAUUUAAAAAAUCAAACUUCUUUAAAACAACGGAAUACCGUUCGUGAUCUACUUCCUCCUCUUGAUGUUGACUUAAAUGAACAUACAACAUCCCGACAUCUUGGCUAUCCUCCAUCCCUAUCCUCUAUCGACAACUCUCAUAACAUAUAUACGUCACGUCCGUCAUUUGAAGAAGCCGAAAGCCUUCAGCAAUCCCCCAUUAACAAGCCAGUAUUCCCAAGUAUUGCCUCUAAUCUCUCCCCUACAUGGAGUCGAGACAGCUCUCCUAGCAGAAAUUACCACCUAUCAAUCCAAGAUUCGAUUGACCGCCAGAGCAGCAAACUCCAGCACGACGAUGUUGUAUCACCACAACCUCCACCUAAGCCACAGGCCGCCACUUUUGCGAUAUCUGGAUUAGAGCCACAAUAUCCUAAAUUCGACAAUCAAAACCCCCGCUUCUCCAAUGAUUUGUAUAUUCCAUCCCAUUACAGUUCCAUCCAACAUCCUUCAAGCAGCAAUUCCAGGAUUGGGAAAGAGUUGGACUCAAAGCGACGUGGCAUAUUCAAAGGCGGCCGACUGGCCGAGCUUGUUGGUAGUGAGGUAUCAAAAGUUGGAGAGUUGAUCCGUAAAAAAGACCAGAGUAGCCACUCGCGCUACUCUUCAUCGUCUUCUAGUAUUUCUGAAUAUAUGGAUGUCGGUGAUACUAUCCCUGGCAGCCGUCGAAUACCAAAACCAAAGCUAACCCGAUUUCCCACGCAAUCCGAUAUCGGAACUCAAUCUCAAAUAGAACAGGUUUCUGAGCCUCCUAAAUAUUAUACGUCAAAUCUACCAGCCUUUACCUCAUCCCUAAAGCGUGACGGAAUAAAUACUGAAUACCCUUUGCCCUCCCAGUCUCGUAUAGACAGUGUAAAAAUUGACCCUUCGGUCGACAACAAUGCCAGCUUAGGUGUUGAACAGAGCUUGGGGCAAAAACAGUCAUUGUUGUGGCUAGGGCGAGGACACCCGGAACCUGCUGCCCCGAUUCAGCGCCGACCUGGACUACAAUCUACUCGACACUGGACUCGGUCUUCUCGCAGUAUACCGAAAUACUCUGGUUCCUAUCGUAUUGAUAAGAAUGAAAUCGUCCGUGUACGCGCUCAUCUACUAUCCACGGGCGUUAAAGCGAAGGAAAUAUGUCGGCUAUCAAAUGAAAAUUCGCCCUUCCCCACUUUUAACCCCCUGUUUAUCGGAGCAUCGGAUUAUCUUCAUAGCCCUUUGCCUUAUAUUGGGGAUGAAAAAUUAGCCGCUGCUGCUACCAAAUGUCUGAUGUGCGCCUUUGAUGACCGUAUGUACAAGGUCCAAAACACUAUAUCCGAAUUCUCAAGCUCAAGUAUACCAAAAUUGAUCUCCGAUUUUGAACUACUUGAACGACUGGUCACAACAUCUCUCAGUGACCGCCUUAGCGUAGUUAGCCAUGAAGCAGAGAAUCUCACCAGCCAACUCGCAACUACGAGUACUCUGGCUAUCAAGCAGCUCAACGACGCUCUGGACAAAGGAAUCCGAAAAAGAAAACGCAGAUUUCGCUGGGUCAGUCGCUUCGGCUAUGUUCUGCUUGAAUGGGUGCUUGUUGGGGUUAUGUGGUGUGUUUGGACCGUGGUGAUGAUAUGGAAGCUGUGCAAGGGCAUCUGGCGUGGCUCAGUUUCUGGUGUCCGAUGGAUUUUUUGGCUUUAA